AUGAUGAGAUACGCUGCCCUGGCCCUGGCCACUGCCGGCCUGGCCUCUGCUCAAACCUUCUCGUCGUGUAAUCCCGUCAAGGGCGAUUCUUGCCCUGCGAACCCGGCUUUUGGCGGCGACGCCAGCUAUGACUUCCGCAACUCCAAGAACAUUGAUGACCUUGAGUCAUUCUUCAUCGUUGAUGGCGGCGUCAAGUACAACCCCAAGGUCAUGUCCUUCUCAGCCGACACCGGCGCCCAGAUGACCAUCUUCGAGGAGAACAACGCGCCCACCCUCACCUCCAAGAACUACCUCUUCUUCGGCAAGGUCGAAGUCGAGCUCCAGGCUGCCCCCGGCCGCGGUAUCGUUACCAGCAUUGUCCUGCAGUCCGACGUUCUCGACGAGAUCGACUGGGAGUUUGUCGGCGCCGACCAAACUCAUGUCCAGACCAACUUCUAUGCCCUCGGCAUCAACGACUACACGCGUGCCCGCUACUACGAGGUCCCCUUCAACCCCAUGACCUCCUUCCACACCUACACCAUUGAGUGGACCAAGGAGUCCAUUGUCUUCUCCAUCGACGGCCAAGUCUACCGCACUGCCACCCCGGCCGAGGGCAACUACCCGCAGACGCCCAUGCAGCUGAAGCUCGGCACUUGGGUUGGCGGAAAGGGUACCGCCCAGGGCACCAUCGACUGGGCUGGUGGUCUUGCCGAGUGGGACAAGGCCCCCUUUGCCGGUUACUACCGCUCUCUCAAGGUCUGGGACUACGCCGGCGGCGACAAGGCCGGUGCCAAGCAGUAUGAGUAUUCCAAGGGCACGGACGGCAAGUGGCAGAGCAUCCAGGUCAUCGGUGCUGGUGAAAAGCCCAGCAUUGGCGGCGUUGCCUCCAACAAUGUUGGCAAGUACGGCAAGACCGACGACAAUGGCAAGGCUGUUCAGUCCGACAUCCCUGUGAUCCCCAAGAACAGCACCGCCGUCCCGACUUUCACCACCAGCGCUCCUGUCCCGUCCGUCACCCUCGCUGUCAACACCACCAUCACCCGUACUAACGGUACCUCAUCGACUCUGACGAGACUGCCCCCCAGCUCCAGCUCGCCCACUGGAUCUGCCAACGCUCAGACGACGCUUCCCACCGCCUCCAGUGGCCCUGCUGCUCCGUCUAACGUUCCCGCGUCUGGUGCUGCUCCGGCUCUGCAGAGCAGCCUCUUGGUCGGCGGUCUUGCGGUCGUCUUUGCUGCUAUGCUGCUGUAA